ACAGAGAGAGGGAGAGAGAGAGGGAGAGUGAUGAAGACAGAGAGAGAGAGAGAGGGCGAGGGAGAGAGAGAGAGAGAGCGAGAGAGAGAGAGAGAGAGAGAGAGAAAGUCAUCCCAGUCAGUCUGAAUCUCUCUCUGCCUACACAAUCUGCAGACACAACCCCGGGCUCAGUAAUGUUGAAUACGCUGCAGGAGUGAGCUCUACCUUCCUCACACGCUCUGCGAUCACCUGCUCGGCGACACACACACACAGCGCACACCCGGCCAUCAUGGAGGAGGCUGACCUGCUGAAGGAGAGGCUCCAGGCCAUCACGGACAAAAGAAGAAUCCAGGAGAACAUCGCCAAGAAAAGGAGACAGAUCGAAGAGGAGAAACUAAAACUCCAGUAUAUAAAGAAGAAAGCCCUGAGGGAGCAGUGGCUGAUGGAUGGUCUGAGUAAGCAGUCGGAGGAGGAACAGGAGGCCAUGAGGCUUCAGGCUCAGGACGAACAGCAGCAGAGUGAUCACCUGCAGAGCAACAUCCUCAGAAUAGAGAAGGAGAUCGAGGCCUUGGAAACCCAGGAGCUCAACAUCUCUGCCAAUGAAGAAGUCGUUCUGAAACGAUUGAAAGAGGUGGAGAGGACGGCCGAGGACAUUAUCAAGAGAGCUACCUCGGUGGAUGGAAAAGACCUGAACGAAGGUUCCAGCACAACUGAGAAUCACAACUCUUUCUCCGUCACCAUGGAAACCAUUGAACAAUCAGAGCUGGCGAUGGACUGUGAAGUAGAGGUCUCUGUGGCUAAUUCCCCUGAACAAGGGAAGGAUUUCAGUGCAGAUGAUGAGCAAAAUGGUUCAGAGACAGACUUAUCAGAUUUCCCAGGGGAAGCAGCGAUACUUGGUAAAUUAUUAACUGACCUUCCAUCUGGCACCAUUGAGAUUGACAAGCCUGACUGCUCUGAGACCAGCAUUUGCAGUGAAACGCCUUGUCAAGGUCAAAAUGAAGCUUUGAUAUUAGAAUCAGGGCAUGAAGAGCUCAACAGAAAUGAGUCAAUCGCCUCAUCUGUGUCCGACACACUCUCCAGUGCUGACAGUGUAUAUGAGAACGAGACCCAUCGUAAGAGGCAGGACAUACCAGAACAAGAUCCUGAGCAAGAACAAGUCCCAGAGUCUGACCAGUUUCCUGAGCCAGAACCAGACAAUGAAGCAGAGCAGUCUCCUGAGCCAGAGCAAGACCUUGAACCAGAGCAAUACCCUGAGUCAAAGCAAGACCCUGAACCAGAGCAAUUCCCUGAGGAAGAGGAAGACCUUGAGCUAGGGCACUACCCUGAGCAAGAGGAAGACCUUGAGCUAGGGUAUCACCCUAAACAAGAGGAAGACCUUGAGCUAGGGCUCUACCCUAAACAAGAGGAAGACCUUGAGAUAGGGCACCACCCUAAACAAGAAGAAGACCUUGAGUUAGGGCUCUACCCUGAGCCUGAACAAUACUCUGACACAGACCAGUACCCUGAGCCGGAGCAAUACCCUGAGGUAGAGUUGUACCCUGAGCCAGAGCCUGAGGAUAAUGAACUUAGCCUUGAAGGCGGUGGUUACCAAAAUGUGGCAAUAGACACAGAAGAAGACCCAGAUGCCCACGACAUCCAGUUUGAACCGCCCAUUACAGAGGAGUCGAUAUUAGAGCAGUGUAUUAGAGAAGAUGCAAUGUCAGAUGUUUCCAAUGAGUCCUGCCAGGACCAAAUGGACGAAUGCCUACACGCUGAGAUUGCGGCAGCUUCCUCAGACAGUGAUAAUGAUGAAAAAUGGAGAACAAUAUUCUCUUCUUCUAUAAAUAGAGAAGACGAUGACUCAUAUUUGGACAGUCUUCAGCUGAGUGCCCAGGAGCUGUUUGUGCAGAAAGUUGAGGUGACAGACUUUGAGGAACAAGACAACAAUGUUGAAGAAGUUACUUUUGAGGUUCCACAAGCGGAAGAAGUUCUAGAACAACCUGAAGAUAAAAUUUCCUUUCCUAGCCCUCCACAAGAGGUUAAAUAUAACCCUUUAGGCCUUCAAUGUUUGUCCAAAAUCUCUGAAGAUGACAGCGAAAAUGGCAGAGAUGCCAAUCAUAAUCACACUACCCACCAUAAGCACAUCAAUGCAGAUUUGAACAAGAAGCUACCUAAAGACUUUUGUGUAAUACAAGAAACCAAGAGCAAGAAUGUUAGCACAGAGCAUGUGGACUUUCAGCUGGCUCGUAAACAGUGGCGGGAAAUGGAGGAGCAGACCAUGAACAAGGUUGUCUUACCUACAACCAAGCAGCCCAGCUUCCAUGGCAGCCACAGCUUCAUGUACACACCAGUCCGCAACAUUGAAAGAACUCACAAGAAAGCCCAUGACCUGGAGAACUUAAAUCUGGUUGGCGAUUAUCCUCACACCCAAUUCAGCCCUUGCUCAGAGGAUUCUGGCCUGGAUGAUUCCAGUUACAGGUCCCCUUACGAUGACCCAGAAACACAAGUUGAAAGGGAGAUUCGCAUAUCAAUGGAGCGAGAGGAAAACUUCAGGAGAGAGAGGGUCUUCUCAAGGAUGGGCAAGUCCACUGAUUGUGCUCCAUCACGAAGUAUCCCAAGAUCUAAAAGCACUCCACUAACACCGUCAUUCAUCAUCACCUCCUCACCCACUAAGGAACCGCUGAAACAUGAAGUAUCAGCAAACAUUAUCAUUCUCGACCCUGGCAAUGAUUUCACCUCGAGCCCAAGAUUUGGCAAAGACCACGUGGCAGCUCAGUCUGGCGAGUGGCGCUCCGAGGACAACAGCUCCAACCUCAUCAUCCUUGAAACAUCCAAUCUUAUUAUUCGCAGUGCCUCCGAGUUCUCCCUUAACAAAGCCUGUGAGCAGCCCCAGGAGAAAAUGUUCCUGAACAACCCCUUUUUCAAGCUGCGUUCAAGAAGCACAAUGUCACUGGUGGAUGAAGAGAUUAAGAUGGUGAAUCAGAGGGAGGACGAUCUGAGGAAAGAGAGGGCAAAUCUGUAUGGCGAAGACAGGUUCAAUACUGAAAGGAUAUUGUCAAAUAAUAAGGACACUUUGGCAUUUGACAAUUCAGUGGAUGUACCAUUGAAGUGCAAGUCCUCGCCAUCAUCACCAAUGAAAACAGCCUACAGGAUGGAUCGUUCUGCCUUGUCCUGUGAUCACAGAUCUAAUCACCUGAGAGAGGAGGUGGAAGUGAAGGAGGUGGAGGUGGAGGUGGAGGAAGUGCUUUGAAAGCAGGUAAACAAUCAGCUGUUUUUCUCAGUUUCCAGAGGUCUACGCAGGAGGAAGACGCAAGAGUUCCAUGGCUCUGCGCUGGGAGGCGGGCGAGUUUACAAAAACCGAGUGAAGAGGACCCGGUCAACAGUUUGCCAUUUAAGGGCAUUGAUUGUCAAUGUUAUACUCAUUCAAGUUAAAUGCAGUGUUGCAGUUGUUUGUUUCAUCUUGUGACAUAACCUAAACGCUCUGCUUCUGUAAUGCUUUGGACAAAACUAGCAAGACAAUGACAAUGUUCAUGGCCACAUUACUUUGGACAAGGUGCAUCGAGUUGUAUACUGUACCAUGGACAUAGAUAACCAUGGACAAAUAAAUUCCAGAUGGCCAGAGGGUGGGGGUUAUUUUCACCACUGGCGUGGCCUCAUCACUUUUGAAUCAACACUCAUAGCUGGAAGGUCAUUAGGUCACUAGGCUUCAGCUUCUACUACUUGUUGGAGUAGUAAAAUAACGUGUAUUACAAUAUUAACGGGGGCAGUGCCAACAUACAGUUUCCAUUUAAAACAAAUGAUCAAAAACAAUACAAAUAUUUUGAACCGUGGUCAUGGAAAACACAAGAAGCAAAUCCAGGUUGUCAGCUUAUGGGUCAUGCAAUCAUUUUCAAUAGCUGCACGUCUCCUUGUGGAUUAUCACUUGCCUAUUGAAGAACUGUUUUUAUGGUCUAAUCCAGAA